AUGGCUUCCCGGCUCGCCCGCCGGCACUUCGCGCCGCUGGCCGUGGCGGCUUCGGCGGCUUGGCUGGGUCCUUGGGCGCGGAAGGUGAGCUGCGAGGCGAAGAGCGAGGCCAUCCCAUCGCGGUUCCGCACGUCCCUCUACCGCCUCGAUGAGAAUCUCUGGAAGGCGGGGCAGGCGCUGCGGCCCGGUAUGGUGACCACACGCUUCAAGCCGGGCCGCACCCACGUCAUCCGCAUCGUGCUCACUGGUGGGCCGUGUGCUGGCAAGAGCUCAGCACUCGAGCACUUGACCCGCGCGGCCACUGCCGCGGGCUACGACGUCUAUGCAGCGCCCGAGGUCUGCACAGUGCUUUUGAACGCGGGCAUGCAGUUUCCAGAACCAGGCUGCGCCGGCUACGAGGAUAGGUGGCUCGCCAUACAGACGGGCGUCAUGCAGAUGCAGCUCCAGUUGGAGCGCAGCAUGACAGACAUCGCAGCCUCCACAGGGAGACCUUCCAUCAUCAUUUUCGACCGAGGCCUGCUGGACGGGCGAGCCUACGUGCCUGCCCACAACUGGGCGAAGCUUGUCGGCCAAGUGGAAGCCUCUGCGGCAGGCCUGGACAAGCCGCGGAAGCUGAUCAGUGAAGAGUACAUGCUGGCGCGGUACAACAUGAUCGUGCACCUCACGUCCGCCGCCGAUGGAGCGGAGGAGUAUUACAAGUGGGGCAAAACGGUCGACGAUUCCGGCAACGCGGUCAUCCGCGGCGAGCCGCCCGAGAAGGCGAGGGAGCUGGACCACAAGCUCCGAGACUGUUGGCGACAGCAUCCCCGGUGGGUCCUGAUCCACAACGGGCCUGAUGGAUUUAAGGGAAAGCUACAGCGUGCCACAGAUAGCAUCAUGAAGCUUGCCAGCGAGAUACACCCGCAGGGUCCAAAGAACGGCCAGGUGUGA